AUGUCUGAACUUGUAAGAGCUGUGGGACCAUUCCCUGCUUGGGUCCAAGAGCUAAGACGAACAGGAUCGGCGACUUUGAGCAGGAAUGACAUACUGAGACAACCACCUCCAGCUCAUGGAAGUAUAUCUGACGAGCUCUCGUGGCUUGCUCAUAGAGGUGCUGCUGAACUUCUCGGCCUUCCUUCACCGUCGUCCCGGUUGAGUCAUGUAAGAACGUCUGUAGAAGCUAUUUACGAGUACUGGCAUGGAAAGACGAGUACCGUUAGAGGUCAGCCGAUGGCGAUGGCACAGUGUAUACAGGAUGAAAUGGAAUUCAAUAUCACCAACAUUCCCAUAUUGCCCACAUGUGGUCUCGCUCCCCUCGACAAUGACUCCAAAUACACCUAUGCCGUUCUACGCCCUCUAAUAGCGUACUUCAACAUGUACAUCUACGCGAUAGAGCUUCAGGAUGCUCUGGAUCGUAUAAAUGCUCUUGACUCAUCGAUAAUCAAGGCCGGUGGUAAGGAGCUCGGAUCAGAAAUAGAAUGGAUAAGGCAGCUGGCCGGUCUCAUGGUGGAAGAAGCAAAGAUCACUUUGAGGUUAUUUUGGGCUGCUGGACCUGGUAAAGAACUGGUCAAAAUGAGCUUGGAUAAACCGUGGCACGAGUCUACGAAUAUAGCUAGAGAAAUACAUCUACACCUGAAUGAACCCUUAGAAGAAGUGGAGAAGGAUAGUCCAUUCGAUGCUGCUUUCGCUGCGGUUUGCUUGAAUCCGGAUGAACGGGGAACAGGUUAUGGCAGUUCAGAACUCACAAACAUCCUGGCGUUGGAGCAAGCUACCCUUGCAGAAACAGAGUUGAAGAAGAAGUAUCCAUAUGCUAUUCAGAUGGUAAUGGGUGAAUAUCUAAUGGCUCUAGAACUCCUACGCGAACUUCCACCUCCUACCUCACCUUCCGUUGAACCCCAUCGUCCCAAGACACUCGCCGUCCGACUCAACGUAUCUCAGUCAGCUUCCACCCAGAUAUGUACAGCCUUACCAUUCGUCCGAUCAAUGUGCGUACGCAGUACUGCUAUAGAGAAUUCGUCGCAACUAUGGGAAACCCAUAGAGAGAUCCAAGGUAUAUUUGCAAGAGAACUGAAAUUACCCAACGAAUUGAUAGAUAAGCUUUUCCCAUUUAUGAUUGAAGUGCCUGACCCGAAGAGAUGGAAGCCUGUCAAUGACUAUAAUGAGCCACUAGACGAUAGCCCGGAGGAUGGAAUGGGUAAAGAGAAGACUGGAGAAAAGAGAAAGAGGGAAACGUUCCAGGUGAAUCGGAAGGAGUAUAAGUUGUGUAAGCAGAUGUUCAGUGGGGAUGAUGUUGAUGUUACACUACCGGAACUGAGCCGGUUGUUCCGUUCGAUUGGCUUCAUUAUCGAGAAGAUAGGAGGAUCCUUUAUCCGCUUUGCUCCGCCAAACAACGCCGGUAUCCCAUUUAUCGUCCGUGUACCAGUCAGUGGCACAUUUCACCGCCAAGGUGAUUUUCCAAUAGCAUUGGAGAGUAUCCACCAUAUCGUUGUCAGCCUCUUCGGAUGGGAUCUCGAUUGGUUCACUCUCAAAACGGAUGCGGAAGAUGGGAUGUAUGUGUUCAAUAUGAAGGGGGAAAUCCUUUUGGAACCACAUUGA